AAGGCCCUGCUAGAGGAACUCACCGCCAUGGCCGCCGAGGUCACCGGCACAACUAUUUCCGCCGAUGCGCCCCUUAUGUCUGCUGGGCUCGACUCCAUCGGCGCCACAGAGCUCUCAAACAAAAUAAGUGCUCAUCUUAACACGGAGCUUUCCCCGACCCUGCUCUUCGAUCACCCGUCGCUGCGGUCCAUCGCCGACGCUCUGUCGGUUGACCACGAGACAGAGGGAGUAUUGGAGCUCGAGUUUGAGACUACGGCGCAAGAGCCAAGAGAUUCGGUGCAACGACCACAACAGAGCGCCAAGGCGCAAAGCACGCCGGCCAUCGUCGAGGCCAUCUCGAGCACGCUCUCGGAUAUUCUUGGGACGACUGUCGCCACAGACGCGCCGCUCAUGUCCGUGGGACUGGAUUCGAUCUCGGCGACGGAGUUCACGAACGCGCUCGCCGAGAAAUUCGACACGGAACUGCCGCAAACGCUCAUGUUCGACCAACCGACGAUCGAUGCGAUGGCUGGGUUCAUCGCGGAGACCACUGAAGCGCCGGUAGCUGCAGCGACCGUCGAGCGAGAGCAAAUGCCAACGACAACAAUGGCGACGGCCGUGGCAACGUCUGGACGGGAUGCCCCGGACCGAGUCUUCCUCGCGUCACGACAGAUCAGCUUCACGUUGCCGGGCGGCUGCAAUGAUCCUACUGCAUUGAAGGAGCUCGGCUUGCGAGCGUGGACGGCCAACUCUCACUGGCCCGUCUCUCGCCUGGCGGCGAAUGAGCUGCAAGGAACUUCUGCGGCGUACGGCGCUUUCUUAGCACCUGAUGCAUUCAAAGCGGAUCCUGUGUUCUUCGGAAUUUCCAGGACGGAGGCGCGGGCCAUGGACCCGAUGGCGAUGCUGGUCCUCGAGACGACCUACGGCGCGCUCAGCGACUCGAGCUCAACCCCGCGCCAAGCUGGCCAACGCGCCCAUCGGCUUCUUCCUUGGAGCUGGCGGGUCGACGUUUAGUAAGGGUUUAGAAACCGCAUCGGGAAACGCCACGAAGGCCCCUUCGGUGUACUCGGCGACCUCCGGCGCGCUGUCCGUGCUGUCGGGCCGCCUUUCGUACACGCUGGGCCUGACGGGCCCGUGCCAGACGACCGACACGGCCUGCUCGUCGUCGCUGGUUGCCGCGCACCAGGCGGUCUCGGCCCUGAAGCUCGGCGAGAGCCCGGCGGCGGCGGUCGCGGGCGUCGGCGUGCUGACGGUGUCGGUGUCGGUGGCGUUCUCGGCGGCGGGCAUGCUCUCGGCGCUCGGUCGGUGCCACACGUUCGACCGGCGCGCCGACGGGUACUGUAGGGGCGAAGGCUGCGGGGCGUUCUACUUCUCGACCGAAGCCGACGACGUCGCGGUGUCCGGGACGGCGGUGCAGCAGGACGGGCCGAGCGCGAGCCUCACGGCGCCGAACGGCACGUCGCAGCAGCGGCUCAUCGAAGCGGUCAAGGCUGGAAGUGGACCAUCGCUGGAGGCUCACGGCACGGGCACGGCGCUCGGGGACCCAAUCGAGGUAUGUGCUUACUUCUUAUUUCUCUGAUAAUUUUUGCGUCAUUGUAGGUGGGCGCUGCGACGCGGGCGUUGUGCAAGUCGACAGAACAUGGUGCCGCAGUGAUCCAGUGCACGUCGCUGAAGUCGAACGUGGGCCACCUGGAGCCGGCGGCAGCGGCAGCGGGCCUGGCGUCGCUUGUUGUGGGGCCGCUGAUGGAUUCGGUUGUUGCUGUUAACGCGCAAUUGCGCGGGUACGUCUCCUGUGUUUUUUACAUAGUUGUCGCUCACAUUCUUAUGUAGGCUGAACGCGCACCUGUCGUCUAUCGUGUCGUCGAAGCCGUUCCAGAUGCCUGUUGACGUAGCUCCACGUACCACAGCUCUCAGCGGUUCGCGACUGAGCUCGUUUGGAUUUAGUGGAACCAUCGCCCACGGCGCGUUCGAAGCUCGGAAGACAAUAGUAUCAAUGAGCAAUGAUUCGAAGUCGCUCUACCGUGGUCGCCGAUUUAUCACCUCUAGCGAGACGACACGGCUGGACUGGCUGCUCGAAGCGCCUGGGCCGCAGGAGCCUCGACCGGACGAGGCCGUCGUGUUCUCGGGGGCGCUGUCGCCCUCGGCGGAAGCCCUCUUCUCGCAUCACGUUGUCGGUGACACGAUUAUAUUGCCGGGCGUCGGGUACGUCGAGAUGGCGUUCGCCGCCAGCUCCAGUCGAGCGCUCACAGCCGUCGCGUUCCUGAGGCCGUGCGUGCUGCCCGAGCCUGGUCGAGGCGAGAAGUGCGUGCUGCGAUGUACGCGGCGUAGUGGCGCAUUGGAGAUUGCGAGCGCGAGAGGCACUGAUUCAUCUAGCUUUGCCACGUGUUUCGCCGGGACACUCGCGCAUAAUAUUAUUGAGAGUGGCGGUCACGCAGAGACAGUAAUAGGUCGGAGCUUCAAAGCCCGUAAGGAAUGGUCCAUCAAAGCACAGUCUUCACGACGCAAUUCGGCGGUGCUGCAAGCUACUUUUGGCCCCAGGCCUCGAUUGCUCGAAUUGUCAUCGCGCAUCGGCGGCACCGCGUGGACGUUCGGCGCCAGGAAAUUCCUAUGCAGUGCCAGCAGGCAAUUAAGCCGCAGCACAAGUCUGGCAAAUGCUGUAUCUGACUACCGCAACGUCUUGUGUCAAGCGCGACAGCAAUUGUGCAAAUCUCUGCGCGGUACAAUACUACCGAGGUCGCGCCUGCUUGCGUCUCGCGCACAGAACAACAAGUGGAUUUAUUCUUGCAAUACCAGCGGUCUUAGACUUGCACAAGUAGAGGCCUCCAGCUUCCGAGAAAUGCUCCUGGUUACGGUCGGACCGUCCAAGCCCCUGUCUGCUGGAAGAGUCCCGCAGCCUACACCGAGCAAACUGCAGAGCAACCUAAGGCUCAAGGAGCCAGCCGCAGCCAAGGGCGGCGCUCGCUCGCAAAAGGCCCUGCUAGAGGAACUCACCGCCAUGGCCGCCGAGGUCACCGGCACAACUAUUUCCGCCGAUGCGCCCCUUAUGUCUGCUGGGCUCGACUCCAUCGGCGCCACAGAGCUCUCAAACAAAAUAAGUGCUCAUCUUAACACGGAGCUUUCCCCGACCCUGCUCUUCGAUCACCCGUCGCUGCGGUCCAUCGCCGACGCUCUGUCGGUUGACCACGAGACAGAGGGAGUAUUGGAGCUCGAGUUUGAGACUACGGCGCAAGAGCCAAGAGAUUCGGUGCAACGACCACAACAGAGCGCCAAGGCGCAAAGCACGCCGGCCAUCGUCGAGGCCAUCUCGAGCACGCUCUCGGAUAUUCUUGGGACGACUGUCGCCACAGACGCGCCGCUCAUGUCCGUGGGACUGGAUUCGAUCUCGGCGACGGAGUUCACGAACGCGCUCGCCGAGAAAUUCGACACGGAACUGCCGCAAACGCUCAUGUUCGACCAACCGACGAUCGAUGCGAUGGCUGGGUUCAUCGCGGAGACCACUGAAGCGCCGGUAGCUGCAGCGACCGUCGAGCGAGAGCAAAUGCCAACGACAACAAUGGCGACGGCCGUGGCAACGUCUGGACGGGAUGCCCCGGACCGAGUCUUCCUCGCGUCACGACAGAUCAGCUUCACGUUGCCGGGCGGCUGCAAUGAUCCUACUGCAUUGAAGGAGCUCGGCUUGCGAGCGUGGACGGCCAACUCUCACUGGCCCGUCUCUCGCCUGGCGGCGAAUGAGCUGCAAGGAACUUCUGCGGCGUACGGCGCUUUCUUAGCACCUGAUGCAUUCAAAGCGGAUCCUGUGUUCUUCGGAAUUUCCAGGACGGAGGCGCGGGCCAUGGACCCGAUGGCGAUGCUGGUCCUCGAGACGACCUACGGCGCGCUCAGCGACUCGAGCUCCAAUUCUCGCGCCAAGCUGGCCAACGCGCCCAUCGGCUUCUUCCUUGGAGCUGGCGGGUCGACGUUUAGUAAGGGUUUAGAAACCGCAUCGGGAAACGCCACGAAGGCCCCUUCGGUGUACUCGGCGACCUCCGGCGCGCUGUCCGUGCUGUCGGGCCGCCUUUCGUACACUCUGGGCCUGACGGGCCCGUGCCAGACGACCGACACGGCCUGCUCGUCGUCGCUGGUUGCCGCGCACCAGGCGGUCUCGGCCCUGAAGCUCGGCGAGAGCCCGGCGGCGGCGGUCGCGGGCGUCGGCGUGCUGACGGUGUCGGUGUCGGUGGCGUUCUCGGCGGCGGGCAUGCUCUCGGCGCUCGGUCGGUGCCACACGUUCGACCGGCGCGCCGACGGGUACUGUAGGGGCGAAGGCUGCGGGGCGUUCUACUUCUCGACCGAAGCCGACGACGUCGCGGUGUCCGGGACGGCGGUGCAGCAGGACGGGCCGAGCGCGAGCCUCACGGCGCCGAACGGCACGUCGCAGCAGCGGCUGAUCGAAGCGGUAAAGGCUGGAAACGGACCAUCGCUGGAGGCGCACGGCACGGGCACUGCGCUCGGGGACCCGAUCGAGGUGCGUGCUUCCUUCUUUACUUUUCUCUCAUAA